UGUGCCUCAUAGGGAGGAGGCGGAGGAGAGCCGUGCUCCUCCGGUCCACACAGCAGACUGUGUUGUCCCUCCGAGCAGGAGGAGCGAGCCGGAACCUGAGCCCGUUCUCUGGCUGCGGACACACGGAUCUAAGCGCCGCUCAGCUGGGAACAUGCUGCCGCUGCUGCCCGAGCUUCUGCUGCCUCCCGCGCUUCUCUUCUGCACCCUGACCGUCCUCGGUGGAGCAUCAGCCGCCUCUCACUAUAAUUGCAAUAGUCCUCUGGUGUCGGCCCUGCCACACUCAUCCUUUCAGAGCUCCUCUCAGUCCUCAGCCAGUUAUGCUGCUUUCUACGCCAAGCUCAACAGAAGGGAGGGAGCAGGAGGUUGGUCUCCCAUGAUGAUGGACCACAACCCCUGGCUCCAGGUGGACCUAAGGGAGCAGAUGGAGGUGAUGGCUGUGGCUACACAGGGACGGUAUGACAGCUGGGACUGGGUCAGCAGUUACCUGCUGCUCUACAGUGACACUGGGCGCAUCUGGAAGCAGUAUCGGCAUGAGGAUGGACUGGAGAGAUUUGUCGGGAACGUCAACUCAGAGAGCGUGGUUCAGAACAAGCUGUCCCACCCCGUGAAGACUCGUUUCCUGCGCUUCGUCCCUCUUGACUGGAACCCCAGCGGUUACAUGGGCCUGAGGGUGGAGGUGUUCGGAUGCUCCUACAAGUCAUACGUGGCUGAUUUUGAUGGCAGAAGCUCUCUGCUGUAUCGGUUCAACCAGAAGUCCAUGUCAACAGUGAAGGAUGUGAUUUCUCUGCGCUUCAAGAGCCAUCAGGCUGAAGGCGUUUUACUGCAUGGAGAGGGGCAAAGAGGAGAUUACAUCACCCUGGAGCUGCACCGAGGACGGCUGGACCUCUACCUGAACCUUGACGAUAAUAGGCCAAGGUUCAGCAGUCGRCGUGUUCCAGUCACCGUGGGCAGCCUGCUGGAUGACCAGCACUGGCACUCGGUUCACAUCGAGCGUUUCAACAAACAGGUCAACCUUACUGUGGACUCUCACACACAGCACUUCCAAACCAAAGGAGAGGGACACUCUCUGGAAGUGGACUAUGAGCUGAGUUUUGGAGGCAUUCCUCUUCCUGGUAAACCUGGCACUUUUCUGAGGAAGAACUUCCUGGGCUGCAUGGAGAACCUCUAUUACAAUGGGAACAACAUCAUAGACCUGGCAAAGAGACGCAAACCACAGAUACACAGCGUGGUCGUAGAGUCAGCGAUGGACUGUGGCACUCUGUCAGCCUCUCCAGCAGGAGUCUACAGAUCAGUUUGACUGUGGACGGUGAGCCCUCUUCUAAAAUCGAACUAUGGGACCAAGUGGAAUCCAAAGGCAGCUUCUACUUUGGAGGCUGUCCUCCCAUGGACUGUCAGGCUCCUUCCUUCCAGGGCUGCAUGCAGCUCAUAUCCAUCAACAACCAGCUGCUGAAUCUCACUCACGUGCAGCAAGGAUUGCUGGGAAACUAUAAUGAGCUGCAGUUCGACACGUGUAACAUGAAAGACAGAUGCCUGCCCAACCUGUGUGAGCACGGAGCCCGCUGCUCGCAGACAUGGAGCUCUUUCUCCUGCGACUGUUCGGGAACGGGAUACUCCGGAGCGACGUGUCACAACUCCAUCUAUGAGCCAUCCUGUGAGGCCUACAAGCUGAGUGGCAGCUCCUCGGGCUUCUACUUCAUUGAUCCAGAUGGGAGUGGUCCCCUGGGGCCCACACAGGUAUACUGCAACAUGACAGAAAAGAAAGUGUGGACAGUUUUGGCCCACAACAACACAACUCCGAUCAAAGUCCAGAACUCCUCUCCGCUGAAACCUCACGUUAUGAAGUUCAGCUACAAUGCAUCAGCUGAACAACUACGUGCCAUCAUAACCGGGUCGGACCAGUGUCAACAGGAAGUAGUUUACAACUGCAGGAAGUCCAGACUCUUUAAUACAAAGGAUGGCAGUCCACUGUCCUGGUGGCUGGAUCGGGAAGGGGAACGGAGGAGUUACUGGGGGGGCUUCCUGCCUGGAGUCCAGCAGUGCUCCUGCAGCCUGGAGGAGAACUGCAUGGACAUGAACUACUUCUGCAACUGCGAUGCGGAUAGAGACUCGUGGACCAACGAUACGGGAUUCCUCUCCUACAAAGAUCACCUCCCGGUGAGCCAGAUAGUGAUCGGAGACACGAACAGGACGGGCUCGGAGGCACUCUACCACGUUGGUCCUCUGCGUUGUUAUGGAGACAACUCUAUCUGGAAUGCAGCCUCAUUCUACCAGGAAUCCUCGUACCUGUACUUCCCCACCCUGCAGGCAGAGCUGGCCUCUGACAUCUCCUUCUACUUCAAGACCAGCUCUCCCUCGGGAGUAUUCCUGGAGAACCAGGGCCUGAAGGACUUCAUCAGACUGGAGCUCAGCUCCCCUUUGGUGGUGACUUUCUCAUUUGAUGUGGGCAACGGUCCGGCGGUCCUGUCCGUGAAGUCUCACCUCCCCCUGAAUGACAGACAGUGGCACUACGUGAGGGCAGAGCGAAAUGUAAAGGAGGCCUCCCUGCAGGUUGAUCAGCUGCCCCUCCGCUUCCUGGAGGCUCCGGCAGAUGGACACCUCCGCCUCCAGCUCAGCAGCCAGCUGUUUGUGGGAGGAACAGCGUCCCAACAGAGAGGCUUCCUGGGCUGCAUCAGAUCUCUCACUGUCAACGGUGCAAACUUUGACCUGGAGGAGAGAGCCAAGAUGACGCCAGGCGUGAGCUCCGGCUGUCCUGGCUACUGCAGCGGGUCCAGCAGCCUGUGCCACAACCGCGGGCGCUGCAUCGAGAAGAGCAACGGCUACAUCUGCGACUGCUCACAGUCUGCCUACGGGGGGGCCACCUGCAACCAAGAGGUGUCGGUGUCUUUUGAUAAGGAAUCUUCUGUGACCUACACCUUUCAAGAGCCCUUCUCAGUGAUGCAGAACAGGAGUUCCCAUGCCACCAGUGUUUCCACAGACAGCAGGGCCAGAGAAGAUGUUGCCUUCAGCUUUGUCACUUCCCAGAAGCCUGCCAUGCUGCUGACCAUCAGCACCUUCAGUCAGCAGUACAUCGCUGUUAUCCUCACCAGGAACGGAAGUCUUCAGAUUUGGUAUCACCUUCAGACAGACAUGAGUCCAGACAUGUUCAGUCCGGUCCUCAGUAACUUGGCAGAUGGACGUCUCCAUCGGAUCAGAAUCCACAGGGUUGGCAAAAACCUUUAUGUGCAGAUCGACCAGGACAUCCACAGAAAGUACACACUGUCAUCUGAUGCUGAGCUGAUCUUAAUCAGAUCCUUGACGUUGGGCAAAGUCAUCAGGAUGGAAAACUUAGAUGAAGAGGUGAUGAAAGCAGCUUCUAAAGGUUUCACUGGCUGCCUCUCCUCAGUCCAGUUCAACCAUGUCGCUCCACUGAAGGCAGCGCUGACCAAUCGAGGAAGCUCACUCAUUAACAUCCGCGGUCCAUUGGUGCAAUCAAACUGCGGAGCUCUGGCUGAGUCUACCUCACACACAUUUCAAGGUGUGGUCACAGCGGUGGUCUUCAUCGCCGUGUGCGCUCUGGCUGUGAUAAGUCGCCUCCUUUAUCAGCAGCGGCGGGCCCAGAGGAGCAGUGGCAUGAAAGAGGAGCACAGGCACGGCACAUACACAGACUACAGGACUGAGCUGCACCUGCACAGCUCCGUCAGGGACAGCGUGAAGGAGUACUACAUCUGAACACAGCGUGCUGCCUGUGCCACAAACGUACCUCUAUCUCUCUUUCUCUCUCCAACAAACGACUCUUAGGUGGACGCCCAGCUGCAGGAACGACACAUCUCAGUGCCCCCCAGAGGGACUUUAAAACCCACGCAGCCUUCGCUCCUGAGAGCUAGUGGCUGAAUCUCUGCAGCUGUUAGUGUAUUUGAUGUUGGUGAAAUUGUCAGAAUCAAGCUGCUGUGGUUUCCGUCAUCGCAAAAAAAAAAAUGUGUAAAACGAAAAUGAUGAAUGUCCUGCAGAGGUAGACAAAAAGGACGGCACGAGUGKAGGAAGCAGAUGCUGCGGUCCAUCCUGGAUGCACACGACUCAAACGGUUCAGUCUGAACCCUCCCACCCCACCUCCGAAAUAACGGGGGUCAUUAAACUGUCUGUGCAGAUCAGAUGUAGGUCAGCCCUGUAAGAUACGAGUGCAGUCACUGCUGUGUUUUAUUUUAUUUCUUUUUUCCAGUCAUGGUGAAUGUUAAAGAAAUGGGGACAAUACUGCCUAUAAUGUAUGAGUGCCUACUUUGCAUAUGCGCUUUUUGUUUUUGUUUCCCAUUUUCCUUUUUUGAAUAAUUUACAUUUUUUCCCCACGUGAAAUGCACCCAUGCAGUCGCAUCUGCAUAAACAGGAGCAAUUUUUGUGGUUCAGUUGUGCAGAAAGUGGACUCUCCCGCUUUCUACAAUCACAGCCAAACUCUUGCUUUUUGAUCCGAAUUGAGAGCAAAGUAGUUUUGUCACAGAGUAAUUUUUUUGUCUUCACUGUAUGAAUCAAACAAAAACAUGGCAAAAAGGAAGAAGUCAUCUUUAUAACUGGACAAAAGCCUCAUUUAUCAAACUCAAAGAGCUAUAAAUCUGAUACACGUUUUAUUUUAGUCAAUAAAUGUGUCAAUGACAUGAAUCUGAGUGAAAAAACAACUUAUAAUCAAUAAAGUUCUGUAGGGCAGUUAUUUUAGAAAAGUUUAGAAUAAUUCAGAAUUAUUUUAUUUUAUUGUGUCUACUUGAAUAAAGAAAACGUAUAUGAAAAAUAUAUUUGGAAUUAGAAAGUGAAAAGUUUGGUACAUAUUUAAUAUUCAUUUUAUGUACAAUAUAUAAUAAAAGUAUAUCAGUACACAA